UUGUUUUUUCCUUGUCCAGGCAUGAUGCGGCGCGGCUCAAUGGCCAUCCUCGGCGGCGGGGAACCGCUGAUAGUGGUGGAAGAGAGCGGCGCGGAGGAGGAGGCAUCUUACCGCAGCCCGGUGGCCACACGAGGCCUCUCCAUCGACCAGGAGUCGCCGCCUGAUCCCUACCACCUGUCACCGUGGCGCGACACUCGCAAACACUCCCUGCCUACACCCUCCUGCACCACCGGCCCUACUGCUAGCCAGGUCCGCCGUCUAUCGGAGCGGGGCGAGGGUGCCGCUCGAGAAGCGCGCGAAGCUGCUUUCCUAGCGACGCUAAGCCAGGUCCAGCCACAACCUGGUGGUCGAAGACAUUCCGUUGUGACAAUAUCUCGCGUGCCACAAGCGCUGUUCGGGCGAGGUCGCCGCGAGUCCAUCGCCGCCUUCCCCGCGCUGGGCCACCGCCGGGACUCAGUUAAGAAAUCAACCGAAACAUUAGGCAGCACGCAUAAUUUACAACUCGACAUCAUGGAUGACAUCGUGCAAGCUCGAAAAGUACGCAUGCGGCUUUGGAAUACCUCUAGUGAACGCGUCUGCGAGGUGCAGCCACUGGACGAACGCUCGCCGAUGAGCGGGUCCGUGCGGUACACGAACCGUGGCCGACGGCACUCUGACUUCGUCGGGUCGCCGCUACCGCCAAUUCCUGCUCGCCGCCGUGCCUCCGAGAUGCCUCCACCGCCCCCUAUCCCGCCGCGAACUGGCGCUGGCGUCAUUUGUACCGACACAGAUCUCCAUCACAUGCUCAAUGCGCUCACAUCUUCUUCCACUGAAAUAGACCUCUGCGGCAAGCCCGAAAGAACAAGACGACUAGCCGACACACGUUCAAGCAGCUUCGAUGCUUCUACUUUACGAGACAAACCCCCAGGAUCAGGCACUACUUGGUUUACGCGACGCCAUCAAACUUUGGCGACAAAGAAAAAAGUGAACGAACCACAGAAAAAAUCUAAAGUCACUUUUGCACCUGACGCCAAACAAGCCCCGGGUGAUGUGGCGGCGGUCGUGUGGGAUCAGCCGUCUGGUUCUAUUGUAGAUGCCAGCGCGCUUGGAAGUGCAAUCGAAGUGUUUCUCAGGAAGGGUGGAGCAGGAGACCCAGGAGUUGCUGGCACUUCGACCACCACUUUAAAAGAGACAGGGAAAUGUACUGGCGCUCGGCCUAAAGUGCCGGAGCCGCCAGGGGGCUCUCGAUCGUCGGGCCGUCCAGGUGACGAGCGCUGGUGUCCCACCAGGCCCGAGGACGAUGAAGGAGCGCAGGGGUGCGAUGCAACCCUGUGCUCAUCAUUAAAAGACCUUUUCGUGUAGGCGCACCCAGUGCGGAUUACUCUUGUAAAUUAUUACCUAGCCGUUACUGGUUGAUUUCUUAAAAGGAGAGUGAGAUGUGCGAGAGGGUUCAUGGUCUGCGGUCCACCGCGACUGGGUCCACGUCCCUUUCUCGCGUUUGAUGUACCUUUUGUACUUUAUGAAUCUUUCAAUGUGAUAGUCUGUGCGCUGAGCCUAGCGCCGGUCGUCACCGCUGUCUAAUUUCUAAGUGUGAAUGCAUAUUUAGGUACUACCGUCAGAACCCUCGGUGCUUCAGAUAAUCCAUACAUGCAUUCGCACAAAAUCGGACCGUUUCAUCCCUGCGACCGACGCCCCGCUUCGCGCGCAAUUAUUUUUAGAGUGAAUUCUAUUUUCAUUGUAAAUUUUUAAUAUUAGCAAGCAGAAUAUUGACUUAUUGUUAGAUAGAGAAAUAUAUUUGUGAUGAGAGGGCGCGCGUUUUCCGCCGCGUCAGCGGUCUCCCGCCGCGCGCCCCACCCCGCGCCCCGCCCCGUGUCGUUCGACAAUCUGUGUCUUGUAAUCCAUUGUAACAUUAAACAAUUCAACGUAAUCAUAUAGCAGACAAAAUUAUGGAGUUUUCGGGAGAAAUGUACGCUUAAUAGAAGAAAGCGGCUGACUGUCGGUCGCUUCUUAUCAAUAAAAGUUUUUAUCGAUGUU